AAUGAAGUUAGAAUCUUUGAUUCACAAGACUUUGACAAUGCUUAAAUAUGCAUCCACGAUCUCUGUAGAGAAGUUAAUACUGUUGACUGGGCACAUCAUGAUUCUAGGAUUGCUUUCUCUGGUGGUGAUGGAUACUUGAGAAUAUUUGAAAUAUAAUAAAUAAAUUGAAUUAAUGUAGGA